GGGGGGCGAGAGUUUAGCAAACUUUCUUUGUGGGACUAUUUUACUUUAGCGGUUAUAUCAAAGAGCCUACAACAGCGUUAGCAAGAAAUUAAAAUAAAUCUAUGGACGCUGAGGGUGGAUUAGUGAAAAUAGCUUGCUGUUCAUGAUCAAGGAAUGGUGAGGCAGAGUCCGUGAUCUUUCAAUGACCGAGGCAACACCAUUCGAUCGCUCGGAGGUGAUCAAAAGGCAUCUCUGAAAUCUCCCCUUCCGCAGUGAGACUUCCAACGUCCAUCAAAAUGGGUAAUGGAAUCCUGCUGAUAGUCGUGGGUUGCCUGGCUGCUGAUCUUAUUCAAGCGGGGUUUAAGACUGCCUACCAUGGACCGUGUGAGGGUCGAGACUGCAGCGCAGGUUGCAAAUGUUUCCCAGAGAAAGGGUCAAGGGGUCCACCAGGACAGAUUGGGCCUCAAGGACGCAGUGGGCCACCAGGGUUUCCAGGGCCAGUGGGGGUAACUGGAUCAAAGGGUGAGAAGGGUAACCAAGGUCUACCAGGGGUUGGUGGAAUGAAAGGAGAAAAGGGCCCAAUCGGUGUGCCGGGAUUUGUUGGUACAAACGGGAUCCCGGGUCAUCCAGGUCAACAAGGUCCAAGAGGUCUUGCUGGUCUAGAUGGGUGCAAUGGUACCAAAGGAGACCCUGGUUCCAGUGGUUUUGAUGGAUAUCCCGGAGUACCGGGAUUACCGGGUGAAGUUGGUCUAAAAGGAGCCAAAGGAGAACCAUUCUACUUCUCCGGGGGAUCCAUUGGAUCGAGGGGUGAUCCCGGCCUCCCAGGUUUGGAUGGGUUUCCUGGUCCAAAGGGUUUACCUGGUCCCUAUGGUCCUGAGGGCCCCAGAGGUCCCCCUGGCAUCUCAGGGCGCCCUGGCUCACCAGGAACUCGAGGCUUGAAGGGUAACAUGGGAUUAGGAUUCCAAGGACAGAAAGGAGGAAAGGGAGACGUGGGUCUUCCAGGUCCUCCAGGCCCACCACCUGCCACCGGAACGCUUGAGUUUGCUAGACCAGCUGGAUUUCCUAAAGGGGACAGAGGUGAAAAGGGCGAUAAAGGAUUACCUGGCUCUCCUGGAAGGCCUGGAUUGCGUGGCCCACCGGGUUAUACAGAUGUGAGCAGAUCAAAAGGAGAGAAAGGGAUCCCUGGUCUCCCAGGCGCAAGGGGAGUUUUAGGCCUGGAUGGACCACCUGGGAUUCCUGGAAGGAAGGGUCAACCAGGCUUUCCUGGGGCAAGAGGAGACGAUGGAUUCCCAGGAAUGAAGGGUGACCGCGGUGAAAUCGGUCCACCGGGGCCCACAAGUUAUGCAGAUACAAGUGGCACUGUUCUUAAAGGCCUUCCUGGGGAUCGAGGCUCACCGGGACUUCCAGGUCCUCCAGGAAUCCAAGGUUUACGAGGUCCGCCAGGAUUACCUGGAUUUCCAGGAUCUCCAUCACGAAGUGCAGGACCAAAGGGUCUUGCAGGAUUCCCAGGUGUUACAGGUCCUAAAGGAGAAAGAGGUGCACCGGGAAAGACGCGGUUUUCACAACUUGGACUUCCAGGCCCACCUGGUCUACCAGGCCCACCAGGACCAGCGGGACCACCAGGACCAGCGGGACCACCAGGGGGUGAUGACAUAAGUGGCACUGGACCGAUUGGACCUCCUGGCUUACCUGGACCAACUGGGUCCCGAGGGUUCAGGGGUAGCAAAGGAUAUAAAGGUGAACCAGGAGAUUGUGUCUGCGAUGGGGUGAUUCGUGGAGGAAAUCCUGGUCCCCCUGGUCCUCCUGGACAAAAAGGAAAUCCUGGUCCUAAUAGUGAGAAUGGACAGUGUGGAGACCCAGGAUCACCAGGGCCUCCAGGGCCAAUAGGUAACCAAGGUUUUCCAGGUGUACCAGGAGUGCCAGGUCGAAAAGGACAAAAGGGGGACUCAUCAUUCACAUCAGCAAAAGGGCCAAAGGGAAGUUCUGGUGUCCCAGGGCCAAGGGGACCUUCUGGCAUUCCAGGAAAACCAGGAAGGGAUGGCUUUCCAGGUUUAGCAGGUCGUCCUGGCUUACCCGGAGACCGUGGAUCUGGUUACCCAGGUGAGAAAGGAUUCCCAGGCAGCCCGGGUCCAAGGGGACCCGCAGGAGAAAGGGGUGAGCCAGGUAAUGGACUCCCAGGAUCUCCAGGUUUCCAAGGACCCCCAGGUGAUCCAGGAUUUGAUGGAAGACCAGGGCCACCAGGAUUUCCGGGAUUGCCAGGUGACUGUUGCUGCGGGGAAACCGCUGGCGAAGACGACCGUCAGACAGAGGGAGGAAUCACACUUCCCUGUGUGAUCCCAGGCAACAGAGGUUUGCAAGGAUUUCCGGGACCUCCAGGACUACCAGGUCCAAAAGGUAGACCAGGCUUUCCAGGCAGUCCAGGGCGACCAGGAUCAGAUGGACCAAAAGGAUUCCCAGGACCUCCAGGCUUGUUGGGUGAAUCAGGCUUUCCUGGGUUUCCUGGAGCACGAGGUGAUGAUGGGCUACCAGGUCUCCCUGGACUGGAUGGAACUGAAGGUUCUCCUGGAAAAAUUGGUAUUCCUGGUACUCCAGGUCAGAAAGGACUCCCAGGAGAUGUCUAUGGUGCAAUAUCGGGUUCUCCAGGUCAACCCGGUCAGCCUGGAAAACUGGGAUUGAAAGGACCUCCAGGAGAUCCUGGCUUGCCUGGCCCUAGAGGUAUUGAUGGCAAGCCAGGACGUCAAAGCACAAAAGGUGAAAGAGGGCCCCCAGGCUACCCUGGUCUCCCAGGCUUGCCAGGACCCCCAGGCCUGAGCCAAGUGGAUGCUCUGCCAGGUCUCAUGGGAGAAGUGGGCAGGCCCGGUGAGCCCGGACAACCAGGUUUUCCAGGACCAAAAGGAUUCAUAGGAGAUCGUGGACCUUCAGGACCUUCUGGUAUGAAGGGAUUCCCAGGAAUGUUAGGAAAUCCAGGUUCCCCUGGGCAAUCAGGUCCCCCAGGUCCCACAGGAAGACCUGGUACUGAAAGUCCAUUUCCUCGAUUUGGCCCAAAAGGUGAAAAGGGCUGUCCUGGUGUGAUUGGAUUCCCAGGAAUGCCUGGCCUUCCAGGCCAGCCAGGAUUUGAUGGAAGAAGAGGAGAAACCGGCAGCCCAGGAAGACCAGGCUACCCAGGCUCCCCCGGCAGGAGUGGAGAUAAAGGUGAUCGAGGCAUCAGUGGACCACCUGGUCCUUUUCUUGGAGAGUUUUCAAUAUCUGGACCACCAGGCGACACUGGCAACCCUGGAGUUCCAGGUUUCCCUGGACCUAGAGGAGAGAAGGGCUUUCCUGGACCACCUGGUCCUCCUGGUUUGCCAGGACUGAGAGGUCUCCCUGGACGUGAGAAAGGAAGACCUGGGGAUUUUGGGAUUCCAGGUUCUCCUGGUGCACCGGGACUACCUGGGCCAAAAGGCUCCAGUGGCAUUUUUGGUUUUCCUGGAAUGAUGGGAGAAAAGGGUAAUGAUGGUCUCCCUGGCCCUCCUGGGCUCCCUGGUGAAACAGGUCUCCCUGGUCCAAAAGGUGAGCGUGGUGAUUCGGUGAGAAUACCAGGGUCUGUAGGACCAAAGGGAGAUCCAGGACAGCCAGGAUACCCAGGCAGAAGAGGGCAAGAUGGUUUGCCUGGUGACACUGGCAUCCCCGGUAGCCCUGCAGCCAGUGGAGUCAAAGGAUUUCCAGGAGAACCAGGUCAACGAGGUUUCCCAGGUCCUCCAGGGCUUCCAGGACCUCCAGGGAACACAGGCUACCAAGGACCUCGAGGACUUCCAGGCCCUCCAGGACGUCCACCCCAAUAUAGUUUACCAGGGCAGAAAGGACUCCCAGGUUCUCCAGGGUUAGACGGUUUGAAUGGCUUGCCUGGACCUAAAGGCCCACCAGGAAAACCAGGUCCUGUUUUGGCGGGGUUACCAGGACCUCCUGGCCCACCAGGCUUCAAGGGUGAGAGCGGAACGCCAGGCACGGGCAUAGGAUCACCAGGAUAUCCUGGACCGAAAGGAUUUCGAGGCGAUCCAGGACGUGCUGGACCUUUGGGUCUUCCAGGAAAGCCAGGUCCUCCAGGUAUCACCAUUCCAUCAGAAGUUCCUGGGAGGCCAGGUGACCCUGGUCCACCUGGAUAUAAAGGUGAAACAGGUCUCCCAGGUCCUCCUGGACCUCCAGGGCCAUCUGCUCCCAGAUAUGAAAAAGGAGAACCUGGUAACCCAGGUUAUUCAGGGACCCCUGGACCACCGGGUGCGCGUGGAGACAAAGGAUAUCCAGGAAGCCCAGGAAUCCCAGGCCCUCCAGGAUUGAAGGGUCAAAGGUCAGAACCAGGCAUAAAUGGAUUUCCAGGAACAGAUGGCCCUCCUGGUGAUCCAGGGUACCCAGGACCGAGCGGGGAUCCUGGUCAAAAAGGCUUCCCAGGACGUCCAGGACCCCCAGGGCGAAAAGUAGAAGUUCCAAGGCCUCGUGGGUUUCCAGGUGAUGUUGGCCCACCAGGAUUUGAUGGAUCAGCCGGUCCUCCAGGAGACCAAGGUAGCCCUGGUUAUCCAGGAUUUCCAGGUCUCAAAGGUCAGCCAGGGAAACCUGGCAGGGUGGGACCAAAUGGUUUGCCUGGCUCUAUGGGUCCUGUGGGAGAUCCAGGUCCGAAGGGAUAUCCUGGAUUGCCUGGAUUAGAGGGUUAUCCGGGGAAACAGGGUUUGCCAGGACGGCCAGGAGACACAUCCCGUGGCGUGAGUGUGGGCUACACACUGGUAAAGCACAGUCAGUCAGAUAAUGUGCCACCCUGCCCAUUGGGGGUGAACAGACUGUGGGACGGGUACAGCUUGCUGUACGUGGAGGGACAAGAAAAGGCACAUAACCAGGAUCUGGGAAUGGCUGGUUCGUGUUUGCCUCGUUUCACCACGAUGCCUUUCCUGUAUUGCAAUGUCGAUGAGGUCUGCCACUAUGCAAACAGGAAUGACAAGUCCUAUUGGCUUUCCACCACCGCCCCCAUCCCCAUGAUGCCUGUCUCCAACCGGCAGAUCCAACAGUAUAUUAGCCGCUGCUCUGUCUGUGAGGUGCCAUCUCAGGCUAUUGCUGUACACAGCCAGGACAUAACCAUCCCGCAGUGCCCUGACGGUUGGCGAAGUCUCUGGAUAGGAUACUCUUUCCUUAUGCACACAGCCGCUGGCCCAGAGGGUGGAGGCCAGUCUCUCGUGUCACCGGGCUCCUGCUUGGAGGACUUCCGCGCCACGCCCUUCAUCGAGUGCAACGGCGCCCGCGGCACCUGCCACUACUUCGCCAACAAGUAUAGCUUCUGGCUGACGACAGUGGAGGCGAGCCGGCAGUUUGUGGAGUCACCGCCCUCGGAGACGCUGAAGGCGGGUCAGCUGCGCACGCGGGUCAGCCGCUGCCAAGUCUGCAUUAAGUACUUGUAGCUGCCGUCCAGCUGGAGGUCUCCCCUGCUGUCAUGACUCUUGCUCGGUUGGCUGGCACAGGCUUGCCUUUCUGACAAAUCACUGGCCAGCUUUACUGAAUUUGUAUAUUAGGAGGAGGUGGUUUCUAAUGCAGACUGUAUAAAAUACGGUGCGACUUCAUUCCUACUGCUGCGCAAAGCCUUUAUUUGUAUUCACCGAGUCAGAUUCCACAUGAGCAAACCAAUAACAGAAUCAGCUAGUGGUGGUGUCACUGGGUAUGGUCUCGUCCCAUCUAUUCCGGAAUGGUUUAUUUUCAGUAGCUCCCUUAAGUACUGGGCAUUCCAUUACUAUGUGAGCAGAAACCACUAACUUAGACCAACAUUUGGGUCUGUAUGAAUUCAUUUUAUAGCAAAGCUGGAGAAUUCUGGGUCCAGCUCCCUGAUAGGAUCCCAGAUUUGUCAUGUGUAUUUCAAGUCCCAACUAGAGCAGAACUGAAAAGUAAUUUCAAUGUUAAAUCUAGCAUGUUGUCCUCCCUGAUGUUAUGCAUAUAAUUGAUUUUAAUGCUCAUAAUUUGUAUGUAAUUAUCCUCCACUCAUUACAUUCUACUGGUAAAAUUACCCUGUUUUUAUUCGGAGACUUUGCUGUAAUUUCUGCCUCAAGUUGUUUCUUUAAAUAUACUCUGUUUCUUGCGCAAAUUGGCUCUGCCGUACAUCAGAGAAAUUGCUGUGAGCCCCACCAUGGCCCAGCUCAUUACCUAACACAGUGCUGUCAACAUAUUAACAUUGGGAAUAGCAAUGAGAGUCUUUUUUUCCUAGCAUCUUUGGUAGAUGCCUAUUGCUCUCUUCCCCUUGAGUUCACAUUGCAAAGGCUCCUCUACGUGACAGCCACAGUCUGAUGUUUUCAUACAUGGCAUUUUCAAGCUAGCUUGACAUAAAAGCAUGUUCUUCUUUGCCAUAAUGCUUAAGCUGAUUGGUUUACCUCAUCUCAACUAUAUCACAAAUGUCUUCCUUGUAGUUAGUGGAUUUAGAUGCUGAAUCAAGAAUGCCAGACUUGUCACCUACUAAAUAUAAAUUAGUCCAGGUGUGGAAGGCUUUUAUAUAUACUGUAAAUAGGUUAUUAGUUUGCUUUAUUGUGGAAUUUAAUUUUGAAAGUCACAGCCACUCAGCAACCCAAACAAAAAUCUAGUUUACGUUCUAAAAACAAUAUUGUUCUUGCAAUUCUCACAAAGUCAAAAAAUAUAUUUUUGAAUGUCUGUGCCUCAACUGUACAAGGUGCCUUUCAUGCCAAUAUGCUGCAGUCCACCAGAAAAGGCUGUAGUUUAUCGUGAUGGCCAUUUUGGUUUAAAGCUUCCAUUGUUCAUAGAACAAAACAGGAAAGGUGCUCAACACAAAGGUGCUCAUUUUAAGUUCAUGGCUACCUCAGAAAGUGCAAAUAUUGCUCAAAUUUUCUCACCCCUUACCACAUUGUUGAAUUGCUAGAGACACAUAACCCUGCACUGAUAGAUCUGCCUGGCUCAAUGGAGCUUCUCUUGCUUUUAUUUCCUCUGUAAAAUGCAAGCUUUUAUAGUGCUAGAUGAAGUAGCUGGAAGUAAUACUGAAUUUCCUGAAAGCUUACAGCAGUGCAUAAUACAGACAUAUACCUUUUGAAAACUCAUUUGACUUUGACUAACAUGGUGAAAUCUCUCAGUCAUUAUUUCAUGUUAGUGCAGAAUUCUUUAUUCCACAAAAAGUUGAAGGUUUUAUUUAUUGCCAAUUAUUAGAUAAAACUCCAGUGUAAAACUAAGCAUGACACAUUGGUAUAUGUUUCAGCAUUUAAUAAAUGAUAUAUUAACAGAGAACAAAGAUAAAAUUCAUAUGUAUUCUUGCAAUCGCAAUCCUAUAAAACCUCUCAAUAAAUACAUGCCAAUGGAAGAUUUGUCUCCCCUUUGCUCAGAGGAAGUUGUUUGAAGAGAAUAUUAAAUCUUAGAAGGAGUUUAAAAAAUUGGGUUUGGUUUGCUGUUCAAGGCAUAUGCAAGGGAUCCUAACAUACCCUGAAAUAUAGUUGCUGGGGCGUCUGUUUUAGUUCAUAAAUAUGAUGCUUUGGUACAAUCUGUUUUGAAAUCUAUCAUUAUCUGUUGCAUGCCGUGUCUGCUUGAGUCUAUUUGUCACAGCUGUAAAUGACUGUGAUAAUUUAAUGUUAGUCACUAGCAUGAGGUAAAGUGAUAAGUGAUUUCUGGGCAUGCAAUAUCAAUCUGACAAGACAAAGCUUGCUUCUUUAUUGCUCAAUAUUUAUAAUCCAUAGAAACUAUGGGUCUCAACAGGGACAUUUUACUGAGCAGUACAGCCAGCUAUGCUGAACUUGAUGCUUUUGUCUCAGAGGUAUCCCUUUGUACUACAGUAAAGGGUUUUGUUUUAAACAAAAAUAUAGAAGGGGAUGUGUCGGAGACAGUAAGGUCAGCUAGACUGCCCCAAAAGGCCUUCAUGAAGAGUGAUGUUUUUGAAUAGCAUAGAAGGAGAAAAUUGUAGUUUUAUCACAUGAAGAUCCAAUCUUAUGCCAUGUACAAAACCCAGCAGAGAACAUAAUUAGAAGCCUGGUAAGGUCUUGAGAUCUGAGAGUAGAUGUUUCAAAUCUGCACAUGAUGGUAGCAUAUUAAUACAUCUUUUGCCAAGAACAUUCCCAAACCAGUGACAACCCUUCGUGUAAAAGAAAAACAACAUAUUUUUAAAACCCCAAGAUGUUUGUAUUCACAAUGGUGUUAUUUAAAUUAUUUCAAUGCACUGCAGUAGCCUUCAACCUAGCUUUCUCAGUAAAGGGGAUCAGGGUGUGACCAUAAUUCAUUGAACCUACUUGUGAGCCCUUGAACACUCCGCUUUGGGAAAAUUGCCCCUUCCCUUUCUGCAAUAGCAGUCUGCCAAGGUGGCUAAGAGAGAACAUAUACUUCUGAAUUCAGUUGAACUGCUGUCAAUUGCACUUUUGUUAUUACCUGUAACAGAUCUUUCCCUCAUUUUAAAGAAGCCAACAAUCCCAAUUUUCACAUUUUUGUUGUUUUGCCUGAGGACUACAUACACAGAAUUAAUACUAUCAGGCUUAUAUCUUCAAAUGGUAUUCGGUACUACAGAAAUUUUAAAUUUAAAUGUUUGUACUAAAAUACUAUGAAGCUGUAUAAAUUCAAUUUAUACUCACCAAAUGUUAAAUGCUAACAAGGCAGCUUUGCUUUUCCUUGGCCUUUGAUGUUACAGAGAUAUAAACUGGCAAAUGAAUAAACUCAUGUCUGACAAAAGGGUUCUGUAUAGUUUCCUCUGUUUGCCAACUGCAAGUGACUAGUAAAAGUAAACUCAAUAAAUGAAGGAUCUGGGCCCAGAAUGAAUUUUUUUUCCAAAUCUGGCACUAAUUGAUACUCUUCUUCAAGAGGAACUGCAAAUAUUAAAUGUCUAGAUUAUGAGAUUCUUUUCCAAGGUUGCAGUUAAGACAGAGUGAGAAGUUACAGUUAUGCCGAGGAGAAAAAGCACUGGCAUGGAGCAGCUGGAUGUGUGACCUUUUCCUGUAUUGCAUUUUCCAUUGAACAUCUCUCCCAGCAUACGCAUAACAAUUCUCCAAAUACAUUAAAGGUAGGAAAGGUGGUACAA